AUGGCCACCAAGCCAGAGCCGAUUCCAUCUCCUGCCCAGGGCGUUGGCCCUAUUUACCGACCUGACGGUGAAAAGCCGACGGCAACAGUCUCUAGAGAUGUAUCUUACGAAAACGUCCACGUGCUGCCUCAGACGCCUCAAUUGAUUGCUCUGUUGACGAUGAUCCGAGACAAGAAAACCGGCCGGGCCGACUUCAUCUUCUAUUCCAACCGAAUCAUCCGGCUAUUGGUGGAAGAAGGACUUAACCACCUCCCCGUUGUAGAACAGUCAGUGACCACCCCCGUCGACCGCGCCUACCUCGGGGUCAAAUUCGAAGGGAAAAUCUGUGGGGUGUCGAUCAUGAGGGCUGGAGAAGCCAUGGAACAGGGGCUCCGAGACUGUUGUCGGUCAGUCCGUAUCGGGAAGAUCUUGAUUCAACGCGACGAAGAGACAUGCAUGCCGAAGCUCUUCUACGAGAAGCUACCGGCAGACAUUGCCGAGCGUUGGGUUCUCCUUCUGGAUCCAAUGUUUGCAACCGGAGGAUCUGCGACUUUGGCCGUGGAGGUGUUGAAGAACAAGGGGGUCCCAGAACACCGGAUAUUGUUUUUGAAUCUUAUUGCAAGCCCAUCGGGUGUUGCUGAAUUCGCGGAAAGGUUCCCUAAACUGAGAGUCGUGACUGCUUUCAUCGAUCAAGGACUGGACGAAAAAAAAUACAUUACCCCUGGGCUGGGCGAUUUCGGCGACCGAUACUAUACACUGUGA